UCUUGUGGUAGAAGAUUGUGGAAAUUGGGGUACGCCUAUAGGAUUUGCACUGUCUAACAAAGAAAAUAUGCAUACAAUAAGGCUUGCAUUGAUCUUUAAUGCAGGGCUUGUUACUUACUGGAACUCACGCACUAUUGAGCACCAAAAUGGACUAUCUAGAUCACAACCUGAUAUAACACGCCGUAUUAAUCAGGGAAAAUUAAAAGUAUUACAAGAUGAUAUUCUUGAAGUUCCAGACAAUCCAAACUUUUUAUAUGUGCGCAUGAAUAAUCAAAAGCAAAAUAAUUUUCGAUCUCCAUAUACAACAGAUAAAAUUAAAUUUGGAGAUAGUGAGGCUCAAGGGAUUUCUAAGAUGAUUACAAAGCUUGCAGCAAAGCAUAUGGUUCCAAUGCUCCCUAAUUAUUAUUUAGUUAAUUAUAUUACAGGCGAAUGUACCUGUCUUGACUUUAUUUGGCAUGGAUCAUUUCGUGAUUUUUGCAAGCAUGGUCAUGCAGCACGUAUUUAUGUAUCUAUAAAGAGAAAUAAGCAUUCAAUUAAUCAAACAAAAAAAGAACUUGUUCA